UGCUCAAUGGGGCACAAAGAAUGGACAAAAAGUGCAGUGAAAAAGUCAAUGAAAAAGUUCAAUAAAAUCACCAAAAUGUAUGUUUGGAAGUAAUUUUUUGUACAGGAAAAUCCCCUCUGGUGCAUCCAGAACCAUUUUCUGCAGCUCUGUGUGAGAUUUAGCGUGGAAAAAUGUCAAAUAUUGGGAAAAAUUCCGAGAGACUACAUGCAUCCCGUGAGGUUCCCCUGCGGGCUGUUUUGCCUGUAUCCUCCUUGCUGCGUGGCUAUACGCGACUUCCGAGCGGUACCUACUUUGGGGCAUCAGCUUUCUCACCACCGUUGCGCCAUAUCUCCCCGGAACACUUGGCUGCUGGACAUCGAAGCCCUGGAGCUGUGAACUACAAAGUUUCCGGGAAGCCUGUUGUACGACCAUUGGAGCCCUGUAUUCGUCGUACAGCAUCCCUGGAUGCUCUCACAACACCCCGACCUGUGUGGUCUACAGUCCAAACACAUCCCUCAUCUAUGCUCCUGCAUGUCGAUAAGGCAACACAGACAGAGGAGAGUUACUGUCAGGAGAUGAGUGGACGCUCAUCGACGGAUAUUUUACGCUCCGAUACCCCCACGGAGGGAGUUAAAAUUGAAAAAGUUAUCCGGCAGCGUCUCCAGCAGCGUUCACACUCACAGCGUAGCACUGAACAUGCCGUGCAGACGCAAUCCAGUCUCCCGGGAAGUGCCCUGAGAGCCAGUCCCGUGACUAUUCCACCCAGAAGUGGUGCCACAGGGCAUCUAAGACCAAUGCGGAGCUCCGUUGAGGGUCUCAAUCAGGAAAUUGAGAAACUCGUUCUCAUCCCAGGGCAGCAGCAUUCAUGUCGUCCGGAAUCCAACAGAAAUUUGUUUUCUCGCGGAACUCCGGAUGGGCAUCGUGCCCCCAUUGCUGAACUCCUGCACGGAGACACGCGUUCUGUGAAUACACAAACACCCCUGGGGGAUGUUUUUGUGUCAUCCGACGACAGCCAGAGUACGUCUCCGGAUGAGUCAAGUAGCCAUGGGGCUGGCAGCUACAGAGCCCCACCGGGUGGCAUAUCGAGUGCCUCACCGCGCAUCAAUAAAUUCCUAGCGCGUGAGCCACCAGAUGGGUGCGAAAAAGUCAAUUUGCGCCCCACUGAAUCCACUGAGCAAACAACAAUCUUCAAACCAUGCUUUGUGGGGGGGCUAAGACCAUCCUUGGGGAGUGCAUUCCAACCCCUUCAGCCACUCUCACCAAGCUCAGAGGAAGCCCCAUCGACGCCACCAAAAGAAAAAUAAAUGUGAUUUGACUUCA